AUGAUCCAUACAAUGACGCUACUAGUCACCUGCAUUUGCGGUGGAAUAUUUGGUGCUCCAUCCUUCGCUAUCAAUCCCAUUAUUGGAGGCAUUGAGGCUAAGGAAGGUGCUGCCCCUUAUCAAGCAUCGUUGCAAUUUGUUACCAGACAAGGACAUAAACAUUUCUGCGGUGGAUCGAUCAUAGGUGAUCGAUGGAUACUGACUGCAAAACAUUGUGUAGUAAAAACUAAACCGUACUGCGUAAGUGUCCUCGUUGGAACGAAUGACAAAGAAAGGGGUGGAACGAGAUACUCUGUUGAUCGCUUGUUUCCUCACGACUUUCUAGAGCCUGACUCAAUAAACGACAUCGCAUUGGUACGUCUGGCAACGCCACUGAAGCUUACCAAACGGGUGAAAAUAAUUAAGUACUCCAAGGCAGUUGUUCCCGAAAAUGCUACCCUUACAAUCACCGGCUGGGGAGAGAUGUUGAAAGGUGACGGGCGACAAGAACCAGCAAAUAAGCUCCAAACUCUCAAUGUACGCCACAUUGCACUCGAUCGCUGUAGGGCCAUUUUUUCAACUCCAAAUACAACAGAUUCAUCAAUAAUUAACGAUUCAGAUCUGUGCACCGUCGGGUUAAAAAAGCACCAAGGAACGUGUGCAGGUGAUUCUGGCAGUCCGGUAAUAUGGAAGGGAGAACAGGUCGGCAUUGUUAGCCGCGGUAUACGAAUUGGGCAUUGUGCUUUGGGAUUCCCUGACAUUCAAACACGCGUUCCGUUCUAUCAUGAUUGGAUACAGAAGACGAUUGCUGACAACAGUGAUUAA